AGAAGGUCGUCUGGCAGAGCUAAUGAUUGUGUUGUGAUGUUACACCAUUCGUGGAGAUAAAGCGUUCGUCUGCUUCUUUCAUGGUCUGAACAAGGUGACAGACAUCAAUAACUCUUGAAAUCAGAUUUUGGCGCAUAUCGGAGGUAAGACAAUUACAAUUCUUACGAUACGGACUGGGUAGCACACAGUCAUGACAAUCAGCGUUUUUCAAACAUGGCAUCUGACGAGUGCUUCUUAGCAACCCUGACACUACUAAAAUAAGAAUUUUGGAUCGUAGAAAGUCCUCUGAAGGUUCAAUUACGUGUGUGGGAGCGCCAUCCUUCGAUGCUCAAGGUUUGGAAAAAGUAAUAAGUAGACUAUGCGUCACCAAUCAACACGUGGCUGAACAAAAUUUGACUGAAAUGGCAUAAACAAUACAUGCAGGGUCUACAAAUCACUUGUAAUAUCAUUCCGCACAGAGACGCGUGAGACAUGAUGUCGCCGACAGAGAAGAUUCAGUCUUGAUUUCCUGCAGUGAAUACAAUACCAACAGCCUCCAGGAAUAAAUGAUAAAAAUGAUAUAAAAAGACGGAGUGCGCCUUUUUUUUUUUUUUUUUUUUUUUUGUUCUGCAACUCACCAUAACACAUUCUUCACUAACGCCGAUGAUCAUGAGACUGGGUGACUUACGUACGUAUUUUCACACGACAAUAGGCGUUUGUGGUGCGUGAAACCCUCCACGACGACCACCACACUUUCAUUUCCAUCGGUGGAGGGGCAAUUUGCAUUCUACACUUUGCAGACAUCAAUCUGCAACCGUGGUAACGGUAAAGCAGAGAUCUACAUGAAAGAGGUACAACUCAAAGAGGUAAACAGUUUUAAGUACUUGAUGGCAACCCUUUCCAAAGAAUGCAGCUCCACGACAUCAGGACCACGACAGUAACAACGGCAAUGGCUAGGCUGGACAGGGUCUGGCACCACCAUAACAUUAGGUUUACCACGAAGUACAAUCUAUAAAUACCCCAACAGUACCAAUCCUGAUUUAAGUAUGAGAAACGUGAGUUUUUCUUGUCAAUAGGAAGAGAAGAAUCCAAGCAUUCGAGAACAAGUGCCCGAGAAGACUAUUCUGGAUCUCAUACAGAGAACAUAAAACCAAUGACUGUACGCAACACGGUAGCAACACUCGCAGGACAGCAGCAACCCCGCCUGCAACAUUCUGGUUUGGCCAUGAGACCUGGCAUGAAACUCUAUGGAAGACUGUCUUUUAAGGUACCUUGGAGAGUGGUGGAUGCAAAUGGCGGCCAGAAGACUAACUGGGUUUCGAACGUGACGGAGUGGGCUAGUCGUCCUGUGAACCACCAGCUCACUAUCGCCCACAACAGGUGUAAGUGGAGGGUCCUGUCAGGUGCUGCGUCUAUCCAGGUGCUGCUCCCCGCAACGAAUGGUACCAAGGGACGAACAGGUGACAGGCUCGACUACUGAUAACAGGUAUUCUUCCCCAACGACUCUUCUGUUGCUCUGCAUGACAAAGGUUUCAGUUUCCAUCGGCUCAAGGCAUAUCUUUGCCGGACAGGAGAUCACACAGAAAACGUGACAUGGGCCCACAACCCAGCCUGUCAACCACCGACAGCGCGCAGGGCAUUCGAGCAGAAAGGUUAAAAAAAUUAAAGUUGAAUGAGAACAAUCUUUUAACUUUAACUCUACUUUUAAAAAAUCUUGUUUGUGCAUCUCUGUAAGGGCUUAGUGAUUUGUUUUUUCGGCUUGUUCUGCCAUUUGAAGAAAAGAGCCGCGAGAUGUUUCGCGUGUGUGUGUGUGUGUGGGCACAAGCACGCCGUGCGUUGGUCAGGUAUGAAUAGAUGCGCGCGUGCGUGCACCUGUAGGGGUGUGUGUGUGCAAUUGUGUGUGUAUGUGAACAGGUAUCUAUAUUUAUUUGUACACACAUGCAAUUGCAUAGAUUUAUAUACACAUAUAACUAUACAUAUGUACAGAGAGAGUGAAGACGGUUGAUGGUGUAGAUGGGUCAAACGGACUGGAUUAUCCUCCCAUUUAACCGCCAAAGAUAAGCUAAGGUAUACCUACUUACUCUCCUUGGGAAGCACGCAUGUCUUUCGACUGCUAUCACAUUAAUUUUUCAAAGUUUGAAAACCUAUAUUUUCCAUCAUCCUGGUCUGCUAAACCACUUUGCGGCUGUUGCCACCAUCCUCCCCCACUUACCAAACCCCUUCCCCCAAACAGCAAAAAUAAUUUUAAAAAAACGGUGUUUACAAUUGCCUUGAGUUCAGUACCUUUUUACCAGUUGAGGUCCCACAAAUGUCACUGCUGUCACAGAAAAAAAGAAAGAGUGAACUCGGCACUGUCUGCUCGUGCUGUUGGCAAUCAUUCCCCAAACUACAUCGUGGCCAAGCACCUCUCCCCUGUCCUGUCCAUCUUUCCAGAAAGGCAGCAGCUUUUCCUGUUCCACAAUACCCCCGAAACCUCCUUCGCGCUUGUCGGCUAAACGUGUAAUUGUCAAUGAUCAGCUGGCCAUUAUAAAAAAGAAAAAAAAAAAAAAAAGAGAGAGAAAAAGGAGAAAAAAAAUGGAUGGGACUGCCGCGACUAGCUUUGGCGCUGCAUGCGCGCGCACUCUGGUGGUCUCAGCCAGCCGCCUAAAGGCGCGGCUACUUAAUCGUUCAAUUUUGAGGCGUUGAUCGGCAGGUUGCGGCGAGCAGCCAAUAGGAGCGGACCUAGGCAGGAGGGAAAGAAGGAGGAGAUGAAUUAUUCACCAUAAAAGCUUAUUGCUAAAGCUUGGGUCCUGCGAGUGACGGAUUGGAGGGGCGGUGCAAAACUCAGGGCCCGCGUGCCUGCACGUGAGAGCCGGUGUGUGAGGCGCGUGCUUGUGUGGGGGGGAGGGGAGGAGAUGGAUAGGAGGGUGGUGGGAUGGGAGGAGAGGACAUAACUUUUUUUUAAAGGGGGACAGUGGGGGAGAAAGGGGUGGCCUGACUUUGAUAAAAUAUGUGUAACUGCGCCGGCGAGGGCUCUGUGGGCCAGAGAAUCAAGGGAAUUGCCCCUAACACUUCACGAGCUAAUCGCUAACCCGGCUUGCACGCGCUGCACACGACGCGGGGGCCCCCACAAAGCGCGACCGGACUCCGGUGAUGGUGACAACGAUGAUGAUGAUGACUUAGAAAGCGACUCCAGCAGACGGGCCUGCGCCACUUUGUCCACAGAGGGCACCGGGUGUCGUUGGAUCACUUACUCUCACCCGAGGCGCGUGGAGCGAGCUGCUUAGUGUCUGUGCAAGUCGGAUCUGCCCCAAACGCACGAGGUGCAGUCCGUUGGCAUCGACUGGAACGAACAAUCUCGCUCAUAUGGUGGGUGCGUGAGUGGAUAAAUGAAUGGUUGAGGGUGGAUGGAGGGGACAAGCCGCUUUUCACCAAAAGUUGGUGUGACGUAAUUUGUUUGCUCGGCAUACCUGUCGCUUAAAACGUCGAAUUGUUUAUUUGUCAGACUUACCUUUCACCACCAAUAACCAUCAAUUCACUUCAUCUGCAAUUCGGUGUUAGAAACUGGUUAUUAUUAUUUUUUUAGAGAGUGUAGGGAGUGUGAAGUUGCUGUACUUUAAAAAAAAAAAAAAAGACAAGACGUGGUCACAUAAGAGUGAUAAUCCCAGCCUACUCACACAAACUAAUGUAAUUUAAAUAGCUAAAAUUGAAAGAGAUUUGAAUAACGCAUCCUCCAUUGUAGUAUUAGCGUAGAUUUAUGGCUAUGGACGUUCCAACUCUGCAUUCACGAAAACGACUUUUAGAGGAAUCGGAGAGUGCACAGACUUACCACCGGGUGUCUUCUAGUUGAGGUGAUUGCAAACCUGCGGACCAGUACCGAACCUAAUCAUUAGGACAGGUUGGCUGUGACAUGAAGCGGGGAUAUCCAGACUCCGGCACACCUGGGCCGUGUGCUCCGGAUUUAAAAAAGGACAAUCAGGUGUCGCACCUGCCUGCUUCCGGUGACAUGGCGCUGCUGCAGCCUCGUAAAAAGACGGCGUUUUCCAUCAGAGACUUGCUGGGCCUUCAGCAACACCAACAACAGCAACAACAACACCAGCAGCAGCAACAACAACACCAACAGGAUCAUCAUCAUCAACCCCACAACCACCAUCAUCAACAACAGCAGCAACAGCAGCAACAGGAAAAGGAUCUUGCUCCGUUGGUGCCUCGCGGACCGGAAGGACGGGAACUGUCGCGGACUUCCGGUUUGGGCUCACUGCCCGCCGACGCCUUCUUCCCGCACGGGGUGCGGCUACCCGCCUUCCGGUACCGCGGCGAUCUGGGUGGAUACCCGUGGAGAGGUCCUGUGAUCGACUCCAUCUCCACGUCGGGGCAGACGAUUCUCAACUUCAACAUCUUCUCCGCAGCCACUAGCCACUGCGACGUCUUCAAGCCUGAUGAGCGGAAGUGCGAACCAGCGGCGUUCGAGAGUCUGCAGCUGGGUGCCAACCACUCCAAGAAGAAGAAGAAGAAACGCAGACACAGGACCAUCUUCACAAGUUAUCAGCUGGAGGAGCUGGAGAAGGCUUUCAAGGACGCCCACUACCCGGAUGUUCAAACGAGAGAAAUGUUGGCGAUGAAGACCAGUUUACCUGAAGACCGUAUUCAGGUGUGGUUCCAGAACAGACGAGCGAAAUGGCGGAAGACAGAGAAGACCUGGGGACGCUCGAGCAUCAUGGCGGAGUACGGUCUGUACGGAGCCAUGGUCAGACAUUCUCUGCCUCUGCCAGAGACCAUCAUCAAGAGCGCCAAGGAGGGUGUGCUCGAGUCCACGGCCCCCUGGCUUCUCAGUAUGUACCGGAAGUCCAUUGAGAUGCAGCCCCAGCAGAAGGUGAAGGACGCUGAUGGCGACAGCUCCAACGACAGCCUGCCGGAAGUGAAGAACAAGGAGGAGUUUCGCAGCGAGAGCAUCGCAGCUUUGCGCGCACGCGCACUGGCGCACACGGCCAAACUCAUGAACGGAUCCGAGCCAGCUAGUCCCAGGUCAGGUGACUCCUGCGCAGAGAAUUUGGAUUCGUCGCCAGCCGAUGACGUCAUGAGUUGUCGAGAGCGAUCUGACGCUGCUAACCCAGGGGUUUGACGAUCUGUGAAACGUGUUUCUAUGGAGACUGUCAAUGGACAGCACUUUGCUCAGCGACUUUUUUUUAACAAAAGUUUGCGCAGGGUGAUCUUGAAAACAAGUUUAUUCUCUGAGAUUAUUCAAACAUUAUGUUGUGCAGUUGUUCUAUCGCCUCCUUUUUAUUUACUAGUUGUCCUGAAGUUAUAACAGUAAAUAAUAAUACAGAUGAGAUCAGGGGAACACAUUCUUGAUUGCAAAAACCUAAACAUUCCAGUGGGAAAGAGUGAUUAAAAGGUGCUGGGACGAGAGAGGAAAACAUUUCUUACCUGUGACACGGCGUGAGCACAGUUCACUCCAGCCUGCGGUGGCGACUUCGUGGUCGAGCGGGUUCACAGGUAGAGGACAGGUUGAACAAUAGAACCUCGCGCAUGGGAUAGUCCAGAGAACACAAGCCCUCAAAAUAAAUCCGACAAUUAAAGUGGGCAAAAAAAAAAAAAAUGUGAGAAGUGUAAAAAGACAUGGAAAGUUACUGUGUGCUACAAAAUGGACACCGACACGCUUGAGUUGUCAGGUGUUGAAGAUAGGUAACUGUGUCCAGGUGUGCUCAAGUGUGUGGAGCCGCGUUGACGAGUCGUCUUUGGAUCUGAACUCUCUCAGGCUACACGUUAACUGCGAUAAGAGCUUCCUCGCACCGUGACUGCUGGCGCCGCCUCUCGAAGUAACCGACCUCCAAUGCUACAAUGCUUGGGAUGCUCUCCCUUUCAUGUGACGUCACAGAGUAGAGAAUGCUUAUAUUAAUGCAUGCAAGAAGUUGUCGUUCUUCUCGAUGAAGCGAAAUUUUGUUUGCAACUAUAAAUAUUCACGAUUACUGCUUCUCUUAUCUGAUUUGGUGUGGCAAAUCUUGUUUCCAUAGAUGUCAUUGAAUUGAAAAAGUUUUAAAGUUGCUGAAUUUUACCUUGAAGUUUUGGCUUUUUUUGGAAACUUUUUUAUGUCUACAUUUAUUAUGUACAUUAUUAGCAACAGUACGUGAAGUAAAAUGUAGAACUGUAUAUCUCUUGUCCUCUUUGAUUAAAUUAAAUUCUUCAUUAAAGGCCGUUCUUAACUGGGCAAAGUGCAGAAGCGUCAAACGUCCGAAGAGGCCUAAGUCCCGAUGUAUUGGCUGGCAAUAUAUUGUAAUUGUAUUAACAGUCAAGUUUGGGCAUGAACUCAAGCAUGUUGACAAAAAUUCCAUUGUCAUGAAUGUUUGUCCCAAAACCAUUGAUUCCCUGUGACUCUCACACACAGUUCUGCCGAACUUGAUCAAGUUUUAUUUAAGCGUCAUAAAAAAAUUUUGUCCAGCAUUGUCCACAUUUGUUCGGUUAAGAACGACCGUAACUCUAGGCCCAGGGAGCGUGAGUCAAAUCUCUCACCGCACUGAAACCGACAGGAAAUGACGUUUCGAUGCACGUUUCAGCUCUCCAUUGGACAGAAAAAUUAGACAAAUCCAUUUAACGGCUUGGUUUUGAAAUUUUGCCCCACGCGUUUAAUUUUUUUUUUUUUUUUUUUUGAAAGCCAUCAUUGCUUACAGAUGACAAAGUCUGCGAACUUUUUUUUAAAAUAAAGGUCUUCGGAUCCCAACCGUAGCGAGCCAGUAACCCCGGGGCUAGCUAGCCCCAGUGAAACCUGCAAUAAAACUGAAGGUUGGUGACAGGUUAAUAGGCUGUACACCUGCCAUUGGUUUAUCACAAUAAUGCACCGGGAUGUUUUGUGAACUACGUUAGGAGAACAAUACGUUGGAUGAUUUAAUUUCCGACAUGAUGGCUUUCAUGAUGCAUCGGCCGGAUUAUGUUUACAUAGGCUAAGUGGCCUGCAAAACAGAAAAUAUUACAAUGGCGACAACAUUCCUUUCCAGGAAUACAACCGAUGUUUAAAAAAAGAAAUGAAGAUGCGAAAGUGACCUUUCCAAUGUUAACCUUUGAGUGAACUCCAUGAUAAGGAGAUGAGGCAGGGAGGGAGAGUCAUUCUGCAGGUGAUCAUGUCUGGGGGAAAACUAUGAAAAAACAAAACAUAAAAAGUAUUUCUGUCAUUUUUGCAGUCAUCUGAAAGACCUCAGCAAUAUAUUUGUGUACAGGGGCAUAUUGCAGUCGCAGUUGGCGACUACUGCUUCACUCUGAGAAAAAUGUUGAAGUCGUGAUAAUGAUCUUUGCCUGUUAAAUAUUGUGAAAAUAUGUAUGUACAAACUGAAAUACAGAUUUAAGUCUUCGGUUAUAAUAAUAAAGUAACUAGUGAUGCUCACAUGUCUAUUGGAAAGUUUUGGUCAAGAUGCUUGGGGCCACACAAAUACAACUUCGUGUUGUAAAUAUCGGGAUGCUGAUCUCUCGAUAUUUAAUAUUGACUCAACACCUGGCUUUCUGAUGUAAAUAUAGUUAAUCUGUUCUCAAGAUACAUUAUAUUAACCGAGCAUUAUUUUCAUAAUGUAAACAUUGGUAUGCUAUUCCCAAGAUACUUGACCACAAACAAACAUUUUUUCUAACACCGUAAAUAUCUGUUUGAUGUUCUUCAGACAUCAGACAAACAUCCUUCUUUAUCAAAUGGCAAAACCUCGGUCUCAUUUUCUCAAAGUACUUGACAUUAAAUAAACACAAUAAUUUUUAAUCUCGUAAACAACUGCAAUGGUUUUCUCAAGAUCAAGAGUGACGACAAACAAAACAUCUUUCGUUAUAAUGCAAACAUUGACGAUCUGUCUGAGAUAACAUCGACUGAAAGUCUGACUUCAGUGUCUUCACAUCAUCACAACCAGUGGGUCUGGAGGGUCGGAGCUG